UGAGAUUCUCCCAAGUGGAGUAGGCAGAGCUCGUGAGAGGACCCUUACUCCUGAGAGCCAUACUAAAACUAGCAGCGACCCAUACUAGACCCUGGUUUCGACCCGUUCUCAGGAUAAGACUGGGAAACUCCGUCCUUGAAGGUGGUAUUAGCUAAUUCGUUCUUAUGGCGCGAUUAAUUCCGCAUUCGGCACGCGCUCCGCAGAUUACCGCGGCUUCGUUGCGAGACGUCUCGAGCCUCGGCGAAAUACGCGUCUCGUUGCGUACGUAGCGCGCCGCGGACGUUGACCGGUUCAGAUUCCCAGCAACGGCAGCAGCGACAGCGACCGCGACAACAACGGCACGAGCGGCACUCAACGUUGUUGAUCGUCGGCCAGAGAGCGCAAUGUUAAGCCGUCAACCCUCCCUAAGGCGCCAGACCGAUAGACGGCGAGCGACGUUCGCCAAUCCUCGCCUCGUGGUUACACCUUGUCCUUGGCAGUAAAUCGUUGCCACUGCGUCCUCUCCUCGCAUUCCCCCGUAGCCUCGUUCGCCUCGUUUCCUUCGGCGGCUUCCUCCCCGGACUACUCUUAUCUUCGCCUUUCGACGCGCCUCAAUAAUAGAUCCUUCGCCGUCUUCCCGGGACUCCCUCUAUCGUGUCCUCCUACCCGCUAUUGCGCCAUGUGCGGCAUCGCCCUCGUCGCCCAGCGACUGCGAGCCGGCGAGGAUCGUCGCACAGGCAGUGGGUGCGACGCGCCGUGCGACUGCGAGCGACCUAGAGCUCACUCCUGCCAAUCAGGAUGCGCCACGUGUAACCAAGACACGGCUCAAGAGCCCAUCACCUCAUCACCAUCUCACAGCCAAACGGCCUCUGUGCUACAACCAUCUCUGCUACAACAAUCCGCAGCGCCUCACCUCGUGUGUGCCUGUAUCGGGUCGCCUUCUAUCGAGUCCCUCGCCGCCUCUCUCCACCGCAGAGGCCCCGACCGCUCCUCUGCUCUCUCCCUUCAGCUGCCUCCCCUGCAGGUGCAAGUCCCUUGUGUCAUACCAGUCGCUGCCCCUCCUCUUGAACUGCCUUUUGAGUCAACCCAAAAAGCACCUGGUUUCUCACCUGCUUUCUCUCCUCAAGUGGGCUUGCCCGAGCAACAUGAGCGAAAUGUGGGCGCUGCAGCAGCUCACUCUCUACCAGAACAGCAUUUACAGGAUCGCUCGUUACAGGAACAACACUCGUUGUUGUUAGAAGAACGCAAGUUGCGAGAAAAUCUUCCACUCCCCGUCACCCGCCUGUCGCUGCUGGGUGCCGUGCUGCAGGUGCGGGGAGAGGGAGAAGGGGGUGGAACUGGGGAGCAAGCAGUAUGUAGUGGAGAGAGGGGGGAUGAGAGAGUGGGAGAGGGGGGGGAGGAGAGAGGAAGAGAGAGAGGUGUGGAUAGAGGGGGAGAGGCAGGGGAGGUGACUCAACCGUUGAUGGACCAACAUGGCAAUGUGCUUCUCUUCAAUGGUGAAAUCUUUGAUGGGCUGCCCGGUCUCCAACCCAGUGAGAAUGACUCCCUGGCCCUUCUCUCAGCCCUCUCCUCCUGCUGCCCCUGCUACCGCCCCUCCCCUCGCUCCCUUCGCUCCACCUCUCCCUCUCUCAACCCAAGCACCAUCACAGCGACCACCAAGACUAGUGACGUCAGUAUUACCACCACUGUUGGUAACAGCAGCAGCAGCAGCAGCAGCAGCAGCAGCAGCAGCAGCACUGGUAACAGCAAUAGCCGCACCAGCGCUGGUAGUUGCAGCAGCAGCACCAGCACUGGUCGCAGCAGUAGCAGCAGUGCCACGCCUAUUGACCCCCUCGCACACUCCCCUGCACUCCCCUCCUCCCCUCUCUCCGCCCGUCCCACCCCCCUCUGCGGCCACCCCCACUCCAUCCCCCGUCUCCUCUCCUCCCUCCGCGGCCCCUUUGCCCUGGCCUACUGGCAGGCGACAGCUGGCGUGCUCUGGUUGGCCCGUGACUUCAUGGGGCGGCGCAGUCUGCUGUUCCAUGGGCCGUGCGAUGGGGGUGAUGGCAGCUGUGCUGGCUGCUGUGCUAGCUGUAGCAGCUGUAACAGCUGUAGCAGCUGUAGCAGCUGUCGCACCUGUGGCAGCUGUAGCAGCUGUCGCACCUGCGGCAGUAGUGGCAACAACAGUCACACCUCCCACAACAGCAGCAACAGCAGCGAAAGCAGCAGCAGCAGCAGCAGCAGUGGCAACUGUAGCAGCAGCAGGAUAGGCACGAGCUCUAGUGUGAGCUCCACUGGCAGCAGCACCGUUUCCUGUAGAGAAUGCAGUAACAGUAGCGGCAACACUAGAAGCAAUGGCUUCAGUACCAGCACCAGCACAGGCAAUGUCGCCACCACCACCUGCAGCUGCAGGGGGGAGGGAGCCGCAGAAGGGGGAGCGAAGGGGGCAGCUGCACCUUUGCUGUGGCGAAGCAUCUUUGUUGUCAGCAGUGUGUGCCCCUCCGCUCUCUCUUCCUCUCUGCCCUCUGCUCUCCCCUCUUCUGCAGAGCCAGCAGAAGAGCUAGGAGAGGUGAGCAGAGGGAGGGGAGCAGCAGAAGGAGGAGCGAAGGGGGCAGCAGUAGUGGGAGGAGCGGAGAGAGUAGGGGAGAAAUGCAGAGGGAGAACUGGAGGGAAGGUUGGAGAGAGAGCACAGGGGAAACUGGCAGGGGGAGCAGGUGAAUCAAAUCCGAAGCCGGCUCUUGAGCCAAACAGCUUGUCUGAGUUUGGAUAUUGGAAGGAGCUGCCCUGUGGGAUCUACAGCACUCUUCUCUCGCCUGCUGCUGAUCUCUCUAGUAACGGUGGGGCCGCAAAAAACAGGGGGGGGGUAGCAAGAGCGAGGGAGGGAGUGAGAGAAGGGGAGGAUGAGUGGGAAUGGAGGAUGCACGAGUGGGAGGAUGAAACUGUGCUGCGGCUGCUGACGUGGCAGCGACCAGCCACAGCUGACGGAGUGAACCAAGAUGCUGAGCUGGCAGGAGAUGGGGCUGAGCUGGCGAACUCCAACACUGAGCUGGCAGCAGGUGAUGCUGACUCAGCAGCAGAUGCUGUGCUGGCAGCGCUUGAUAGGGCGGUGGGGAUGCGAGUGCGGCACAUUCGAGAGGGAAAGCACUCUGGGUCACGGAAGGAGCGGUUGAAGGAGCCACGGCUUCUGAAGCAGAGUCGAGAGGGGUUGGUGGCACCAGUGGCAGCGGCAGUGACAGUGCCAGUGGCAGGUGUAGUUGAGAAGAGGUACAAAGAAGUUGAGGUGGCACCUGUAGCUGUGCUGUUCUCAGGGGGGCUGGACUCCAUGCUGCUGGCUGCUCUAGCUCAUCGACACGUGUCCAUUCAUC